GGUCCAGAGUCUCUCUCCCCCCCCGCCCCUUCUCUCUCUCUCUCUACUCACAGGAUCUUUCCCAUACGCACUUCAAUUCUAUAUCCUUUACAGGUAUAUAAAUCCAUAAAUCUAUUCCUGCGUUUCGUACCUAUGUGACAGCAACAGUAAAAUUAAUUAAAAAAACUAAGGAAAAAGAAUAGGUGGCAAUGAAGCCCAAAUUAGGUUUCGAAAAGGAGUUCCCGGGAAAACUAGAAGAAUCCGGACCCGAUUUCAAAUCCGAAGAUCCGGAUUCUCAACUGCCGAAUGAAGCCCGGCCCGAAUCCAAUGGUUCGGAGGUAAUGGAUAGUUGCUACGUGCCUAGGUUUAGGCCUUCUGAGCCCAAGGGAUUUGUUGUUUAUAGGAGGAUUAAGAGAUUGAAGACUGAUGGAAGUGAGAACGAGGGCAGCAAUGGGGCUACCGAUGAACUCCGGGGCUGUUUGGGAAUUCGGUCAGAAGCUGGUGGAGCUGAAAAUUUCAGUGCGGGAGUUCUGGUUCCGGGCCAGGAGGGCAGUUUGGAUGGUGGAGAUGCGGUAAAUGCUGGUAUACUGGAGGGUGGUUCAGGACUUUCUGGGGUUAAAGGGGGUGACAACAAAAUGAUUGAGAUUGAAGUGAAAGGUGACCCCUCGGUGGAAUUAGUGAAAAGUGAUGCUUCAAGAAGGUCUACGCGAUCGGCCUUGAAAAUUAAAUCCGAUAAUUCGUUAAUUGAAAAUGGAGGUUCUGGAGAAUUAAGGGAAACAGUGGUUUUGGAAGCCGGGAGUUUGGAGAAUGGGGAUGUGAGCGCACUAGGGACUCCUAUGCGGGCAACAGAAAUGAAGACGUCAAAGAAAGUACCGAUAAAAGCCCUGCCAACAACAGUCAGGGAGCUUUUUGAGACGCGGUUGCUGGAAGGGUAUCCAGUUCUGUACAAUGGUGGCAAGAGGGGAUUUCAGCUACGGGGAACCAUAGAAGAAUCUGGAAUUUUGUGUUUCUGCAGUUUGUGCAAGGGUUCCAGAGUGAUUCCGCCUUGUAAAUUCGAGAUACAUGCUUGUAAAUCAUACAGACGUGCAUCGCAGUAUAUUUGCUUUGAGAAUGGGAAAAGCCUCCUUGACGUGGUAAAGGAAUGCAGGAAAGCUUCUUUAAUGACGUUAGAAGAAACGAUUGAGAACUUUAUUGGUCCAUUGCGAGCAAGGGAAUCUAUUGUUUGUCGGAACUGCAUGGGGUCGUUUCUUGCAAUACCACCAGGAAAGGUUGACCAACUUUGUGAAUCAUGCGCCUGUAUCACACCAUCAGAAGCUGAUGCAACAUGUGCUGAAUCUAGGCCUUUGGAGCCACUUCCAGGCUUAACAUUGCCCAAAACUGGUGUAAUGCAUGAUAUUCCACGGAUGAAAUGUCAUCGAGGAAGAAAGAAAAGAAAGCAUUUAGAAUUGAAAUUGAAUGGAACAUCACCUGGACGAUCUUCAACGCGCAUUUCAUCACGAAACAAGAGUCAGUUGACCAUAACAGAGAAGUCUCCAAGGUCAGCAACCGGAAGUUCUUCGGUGAAUUUAUUGAAAUCGACUUCCAUCCCGAAUGCAAGUGGUAUUGGUUUUGGUUCCUUGCAGAGCUCCAUGAAACAUAAAUCUCACAAGAAGAUCUUGAAGAAGUCAUCAAAUUUCUCUCCAGUUUCAAUGUCCUUGAAAAGUGCAACUUCAUCUCUCUCUGCACAAAAAAGUUCAUGGAAGAUAACAAAAAAAGAUCAGUCAAUGCACAAAAUUGUUUUCGAGGAUGGUGGAUUGCCUGAUGGAACUGAAGUUGCUUAUUAUUCACAUGGAAAGAAAUUACGUGAUGGUUAUAAAAUGGGGUCAGGAAUAAUUUGUCGUUGCUGCAAUAUUCUGAUAAGCCCAUCUCAGUUUGAAGCUCAUGCUGGUUGGGCAUCACGCAAAAAGCCCUAUAUGUACAUCUACACAUCCAAUGGGGUGUCUCUCCAUGAAUAUGCCAUAUCACUAUUGAAAGAUCGCAGGUAUUCUGCUAAAGACAGUGAUGACUUGUGCAUCAUUUGUGCAGAUGGUGGAAAACUUGUGCUUUGUGAUGGAUGUCCAAGGGCCUUUCACAAAGAAUGUGCAUCCCUGUCAAGUAUCCCCCCAGGAAAAUGGUACUGCACAUAUUGCCGAAACAUGUUUCAGAGGGAGAGAUUUGUUGAGCAUAAUGCUAAUGCAGUUGCAGCUGGUAGAAUGUCAGGUGUAGAUCCAAUAAAGCAGAUAACAAAUCGUUGCAUUCGUAUUGUCAAGAAUCCUGGAGAAUUGGAAGUUAUUGCAUGUGUAAUCUGCCGAGGCUAUGAUUAUGGCAAAUCUGGUUUUAGUCCUCGCACGGUUAUAUUUUGUGAUCAGUGUGAGAAAGAAUAUCAUGUGGGCUGUCUGAAAAAAAGCAAGAUAGCAGAUCUAAAGGAACUUCCUAAAGGAAAAUGGUUCUGUUCUGUGGACUGCAAGAGGAUCUAUGUUGCAUUGCAAAAUUUGGUGAGUUCUGGGGCGGAGAAGCUCUCAGACUCUUCUUUGGGUGAUAUAAGGAAGAAGCACAAGGAAAAUGAUUUGGAUUCUGAUACCGAUCUUGAUGUGAGCUGGAGGCUUUUGAGUGCGAAAGUUUCUUCUCAUGAAACUAGAGUGCUCCUCUCACAGGCUGUUGCUAUAUUUCACGAAUGUUUUGAUCCUAUUGUCGAUACAGAGACUGGACGGGACUUCAUUCCAUCUAUGGUUUAUGGAAGGAAUGUAAGAGGCCAAGACUUUAGUGGAGUGUACUGUGCGUUAUUGAUGGUAAACUCAAAAGUUGUAUCAGCCGGGAUCAUUCGGAUUUUCGGACAAGAUAUAGCAGAACUUCCAUUAGCCGCUACUCGUAUGGGUAAUCAACGCAAGGGAUAUUUCCAAAUCCUGUACUCUUGCAUCGAGAAAUUGCUUGCGUUUUUAAAUGUGAGGACCUUUGUUCUACCAGCUGCUGACGAGGCAAAGUCGAUAUGGACAGAUAAGUUUGGAUUUCAGAUAAUAUCACAAGAGCAGCUUGACAACCACAGACUGACUUGCUCGCAAAUGGUAUCCUUCAAAGGGACGUCUAUGUUAGGUAAAGCGGUUCCAAAAUGUCGAAUUAUUACUCAAGAGGAAGCAGAACCUAAUGUUCCCUUGCAGUGAUUGGCUUACUGAUUUCAUGGGAUGAUGCAAGUUUCUAAUUUAAAAUUCAAAACUUCAACAAAUUCUGAAAGCUGGAUUAUGUUGCAAGUUAGAUACAGAAAAGCGGAAAGGAAUAGGAAAAUACCUUAAGACUUUUGACAAUGCUAAAUGAUUGAACUGUGUAAAUAAGUUGUCGGCUGUAUGUUAUUGGCGUAAAAUGCUGCCCAGAUUUUCAUUCUCCGCUGUCUUCCCCUCCCUCAGAAUUCGGUUGCCUGUAAAUAAAUUGUUUGCUAGAUACCUUCUUAUAUUUCAGUCUGACUGUUGUGUAACCUCUUGUUUCUCGUUCUAUAACUGCUGAAGCUGCAUACGAUACGGAUCUUUUCCCUA